AUGGCUACCAACUACACUACCUUCAACCAGGCCACAGACCUCCCCACAUGGUCCAAGCUCGAGGAACUGCACGCCAAAAAGGGCAAGAGCCUUUCUGUAAAGGAAGAGUUUGCCAGCAAUCCCAAGCGCUUUGAAGAGUUUACCCGUACUCUGACCAAUUACGACGGUAGCAAGGUUCUUUUUGACUUUAGUAAAAACAUUGUGGACGAAGAGAUUUUGGCCACUCUUUUACAGCUCGCCAAGGAUGCAAAGAUUGAGGAGCUGCGCCAGGCUCUGUUUGCCGGUGACCACAUCAACUUUACCGAAAACCGUGCUGUGUACCACAUGGCGCUACGUAACACUCAGGGCCGACCCAUGAAGGUCAAUGGCGUCGACACUACCAAGGAGGUCCACAGCGUACUUGCACACAUGAAGGAGUUUUCUGACUCUGUGCGCUCCGGUGAGUGGACAGGUUACUCAGGCAAGAAGAUCACUGAUAUUGUCAACAUUGGCAUUGGUGGCUCUGAUCUGGGGCCUGUUAUGGUCACCGAGGCUCUUAAGGCAUACUCUCAACGCGAUCUGCAUGUCCACUUUGUUUCCAACAUUGAUGGUACCCACACUGCUGAAACCUUACGCGGACUCAAUCCUGAGACUACAUUAUUCCUUGUGGCCUCCAAGACUUUUACGACUGCCGAGACGGUGACCAAUGCCACCUCAGCCAAGAAUUGGUUUUUGGCGACUGCUAAGGACCCCAAACACAUUGCAAAGCAUUUUGUUGCGCUUUCUACCAAUGCCGAAAAAGUCAAGGAAUUUGGCAUUGACACCAAAAAUAUGUUUGGUUUUGAGGACUGGGUUGGUGGCCGUUACUCUGUGUGGUCUGCCAUUGGCUUAUCUGUUGCCCUGUAUAUUGGCUACGAGAACUUUGAAGCCUUUUUGAAGGGUGGUGAGGCUGUUGAUAAGCACUUUGUCGAGACCAAGUUGGAGGACAAUAUCCCUGUGAUUGGUGGUCUGCUUUCAGUGUGGUACAAUAACUUUUUUGGUGCUCAAACACACUUGGUUGCGCCGUUUGACCAGUACCUGCACCGAUUCCCAGCUUACUUGCAGCAGCUGUCGAUGGAAUCUAAUGGUAAGUCUGUGAACCGAGCCAAUGAGUUUGUCAAGUAUGAGACAGGUACCAUUUUGUUUGGUGAGCCUGCAACAAAUGCUCAACACUCAUUCUUUCAGUUGGUUCACCAGGGCACCAAGCUGAUUCCCGCAGACUUUAUUCUUGCUGCUCAGUCGCAUAAUCCCAUUGAGGGCAACUUGCACCAGCGCAUGUUGGCUUCCAAUUAUUUUGCACAGGCCGAGGCAUUGAUGGUUGGCAAGCCCAAGGCAGUUGUGGAGGCUGAAGGUACUAAGCCUGAGCUUGUGAACCACAAGAUUUUCCAGGGCAACAGACCCACGACAUCGAUUCUUGCACAGAAGAUUACACCUGCAACAUUGGGUGCGCUGAUUGCAUACUACGAGCACGUUACAUUUGUUGAGGGUGCCAUUUGGAACAUCAACUCGUAUGACCAGUGGGGAGUUGAGCUGGGCAAGGUUCUUGCUAAGGUUAUUGGUGAGGAGCUCAAGGAUAAGAAGCCUGUGUCAACACAUGAUGCGUCUACCCAGGGUCUUAUUAACCAAUUUAAAGAAUGGUCUAUUUGA